AUGCUUCACCAUAUACCCAGGUUUCGAUGUCAGUGCCAACACCACACCUGUGGGGAGACGUGUGAUCGCUGUUGUGCUGGGUACAAUCAGAGACGCUGGCAGCCAGCCACGUGGGAGAAAGGCAAUGAGUGUGAAGCAUGCAACUGCCACGGUCAUGCCAUCGACUGCUACUAUGAUCCAGAUGUUGACAGGCAGCAGGCAAGCUUGAAUAGCCAAGGCAUCUAUGCAGGUGGAGGUGUCUGCAUUGAUUGUCAGCAUAACACAGCUGGUGUAAACUGUGAAAAGUGUGCUAAGGGUUAUUACCGCCCUUAUGGUGUUCCAGUUGAUGCCCCUCAUGGCUGCAUUCCUUGCAGCUGUAAUCCUGAGCAUGCGGACGACUGUGAGCAGGGCUCAGGCCGCUGUACCUGCAAGCCAAAUUUCCAUGGAGACAAUUGUGAGGAGUGUGCAGCUGGAUACUACAAUUUCCCAUUUUGUUUGAGGUGUGACUGUGACUGGGAAGGAGUUCUCCCUGAAAUAUGUGAUGCCCAUGGAAGAUGCCUGUGCCGCCCUGGGGUUGAGGGCCCUCGGUGUGAUGCCUGCCGCACAGGUUUCUACUCAUUCCCUAUUUGCCAAGCCUGCCAGUGUUCAGCCCUUGGCUCCUACCAGACGCCCUGCAACCCAGUGACUGGACAGUGUGAAUGCCAGCCGGGAAUUACAGGACGGCGGUGUGACAGGUGCCUCUCAGGAGCCUAUGACUUCCCCCACUGCCAAGGCGCCAGCAAUUCCUGUGACCUAGCCGGUACCUUCGACUCCAGCUUGGGGUAUUGCCAGUGCAAGCUUCAUGUUGAAAGUCCUAUGUGCAGCAUCUGCAAACCAUUGUAUUGGAACCUAGCCAAAGAAAACCCCAAUGGAUGUUCAGGUCAAGGUGUCAGUGCGACAUUGGUGGAGCAAUCACCCCCAUGUGUAGUAGUUCCUCCGGAGUAUGCCAGUGUCGAGAGCAUGUCGUGGGGAACGCUUGCCAGCGGUCAUGGAGUGACCUACGGCAACUUUCCCGUGGGUGCAAAAAGCUAUGUUAGAGCUGCACGCAUGAGGCAGGUUCCGGGGGCUGAACCUGCAAUUAAAAGUCACAGCAUGGAGGAGCUGGGCGGGCGCCUGGACCAAGGAGAGUCUGGUUCUGCUUCUUCCUCGGGACCCAUGAGUGUUCCACGUGGGGAGAAUGAAAUAAGGAUCAUGUUGAAUGUGGAAAAGUCAAGUCUCUCUUUGUUUCGUGCUAUUUUGAGAUAUAGUAACCCUGGAACUGAAGCGGCAUCUGGCCAUAUAACUUUUUAUCCAUCUUGGGCUAACGCAGGUGUUGCUCAAAGCAAAGAGAUCAUCUUCCUGCCAAGUAAGGAGCCAGCCUUUGUCACCGUACCUGGAAAUGGUUUGGCAGAUCCAUUUUCACUUGCACCAGGGACAUGGAUUGCUUGUAUUAAGGCAGAGGGAGUCCUCCUGGACUACCUGGUGCUGCUCCCCAGGGACUACUAUGAGGCCUCCUCACUGCAGCUGCCUGUCACAGAGCCAUGUGCCCACGAGGGACCUUCCCAGGCGAACCCCCAGACAGCCUCUGGAUUCUGUAAGAACUCCGCCAGGUCCCUGGUGGCCCUUUACCACAAGGGUGCGCUGCCCUGUCAGUGCCACCCCACUGGAGCUGUUGGCCAUCACUGCAACCCAGAGGGCGGGCAGUGCCUGUGCCAGCCCGGCGUCAUUGGGCGGCAGUGUACCCGCUGUCAAACGGGCUACUAUGGAUUUCCACACUGCAAGCCGUGCAACUGUGGCCGGCGCCUUUGUGAGGAGAUGACGGGGAAGUGCCUCUGCCCUCCGCGCACAGUCAGGCCCCAGUGUGAAGUGUGCGAGACACAUUCCUUCAGCUUCCACCCCCUGGCUGGUUGCGAAGGCUGCAACUGCUCCAGGAGCGGCACUGCUGCUGGGGCUGCCACACCAGAGUGCGACAGGGACCAUGGGCAGUGCAGAUGCAAACCCAGAAUCACAGGCCGGCAGUGUGACCUAUGUGCUUCCGGGUUUUACCACUUCCCUGAGUGCCUUCCCUGCCACUGCAACAGAGAUGGGACUAAGCCAGGGGUCUGUGACCCUCAGACUGGGGCUUGCCUCUGCAAGUUUGUGGAUAUGAUGGGCUGGCGCCUGGAGACUGGAGACGGAGUGGACAUCCCCGUCUCAUUCAACCCGGGCAGCAGCAGCAUGGUUGCAGACCUCCAGGAGCUGCCCUCAACCGUUCACAGUGCAUCCUGGGUCGCACCUUCUUCCUACCUGGGGGACAAGGUUUCCUCAUAUGGUGGCUACCUCACCUACCAAAUCAAGUCCUUUGGCCUACCUGGUGAUAUGGUUCUUCUGGAAAAGAUGCCAGAUGUGCAGCUCACUGGUCAGCGCAUGUCCGUCAUCUAUGAGGAGCUGAAUAACCCACGACCGGACCGGCUGUAUCAUGGGCGAGUGCAGGUGGUAGAGCAAAACUUCAGACAUGCCAGCAGCAGUGCCCCAGUGACUCGGGAAGAACUGAUGACGGUGCUGUCUAGACUGGAAGAUGUGCGCCUCCGAGGUCUCUUCUUCACCGAGACGCAGCGGCUCACCCUGAGUGGGGUGGGGCUGGAGGAGGCCUCUGACACAGGAAGUGGACGUAGAGCACAUCAUGUAGAGAUGUGCGCCUGCCCCCCUGACUACACUGGUGACUCAUGUCAGGUAGGAAAUUCUCCUAUUCCGUAG